GGCUGCUGCUCUGCCCCGCGUCACCGGCCCUGGGUGCUGGGUCCGGCCCCGAGAGCCUCCGCGCCGCGCCCCAUGGAGCCGCUCGCCCCACUGCUGCUGCUGCUGCUGCUGCCGCCGGCUGCGCUGCCCAGCUGCGCGGGCCCCAGCAGCACGGCCGAGCUCAAGCGAGCCCUCCGCGCCGUGCUGGACGAGUGGGAGGACACGAGCUGCCCCUGCCAGGACGGCCCCGAGCACGCGGGCAGCCCCAACGCCAUCCUGCCCCGCAGCUGCAAGGACAUCAAAGCCAACCACAGGACAGCCAAAGACGGGCUCUACACCCUGCGCACCGGCGACGGCGAGCUCUACCAGACCUUCUGCGACAUGAGCACGGCCGGGGGCGGCUGGACGCUGGUGGCCAGCGUGCACGAGAACAACGCCUACGGCAAAUGCACCGCCGGCGACCGCUGGUCCAGCCAGCAGGGCAGCAGCCCGUACUGGCCCGAGGGUGACGGCAACUGGGCCAACAACAGCACCUUCGGCUCCGCCGUGGGUGCCACCAGCGACGACUACAAGAACCCGGGUUACUACGACCUCAGCGCCAAGGACGUGGCCGUGUGGCACGUGCCCAACCGGGCGCCCCUGGCCGAGUGGCCCCGGCGAGCCCUGCUGCGCUACCGCACCGAGAGCGGCUUCCUCGCCGACGAGGGCGGCAACCUGCUCCGGCUGUACCAGAAAUACCCCGUGAAGUACGGCGCCGGGCAGUGCCUGUCCGACAACGGCCCCGCCGUGCCCGUGGUCUACGACGUCGGCUCGCCCGAGGUCGCCUCCAGAUACUACUCGCCCUACGGGCAAAAGGAAUUCAUCCCCGGUUUCCUGCAAUUCCGCGUCUUCAACAACGAGAAGGCGGCCAUGGCGCUGUGCCCGGGCAUGAAAGUCACCGGGUGCAACACGGAGCACCACUGCAUCGGGGGCGGCGGGUUCUUCCCCGAAGCGAGCCCGCAGCAGUGCGGAGACUUCCCCGCCUACGAGUGGGGCGGCUACGGGACCCACGCGGGCUGGAGCACCACGCGGGAGAUCCUCGAGGCCGCCGUGCUGCUCUUCUACCGCUGAGGCUGCCGGUGCCGG